AUGUCUAUAGAGAUCAUUCUGUGCCAGAAAUACUUCCAGGUUUGGUUGUUGCUGUUUGAUUCCUACCCAGCUACAAUGAAUAAAGACAACAUCCUCUACACUGACAUUAACAUGGAAAUCAUGUUGUUCUCUGAGGUGAGCAUUAGGAUCUCAGCUAACAGUGUCCUGGUUUUUGCCCACCUCUGCAUGCUCUUUGAAAAGAACAGAUCUAAGCCCAUUGAUCUCUACACUGCUUUCUUAUCCUUAACCCAACUAAUACUGCUUAUAACUAUGGGACUCAUAGCUGCAGACAUGUUUAUGUCUCGGGGGAGGUGGGAUUCUACCACAUGCCAGUCCUUUAUCUAUUUACACAGGCUUUUGAGGGGUUUCACCCUUUGUGCUACCUGUCUGCUGAAUGUCCUUUGGACCAUCACUCUCAAUCCUAGAAGCUUAUGUUUAUCAAAGUUUAAAAAUAAUCCCCAUCACAUCUCAGGUGCCUUUCUUUUCUUCUGUGUUCUCUAUAUAUCUUUUAGCAGUCACUUCUUUUUAUCAACCAUUGCUACCUCCAACUUGCAUUCAAAUAAUUUUAUGUAUGUUUCUCAGUCCUGUUCACUUCUACCUAUGAGUUACUCCAGAACAAGCAUGUUUUUGACAACAAUGGCCAUCAGGGAAGCCUUUCUUAUCAGUCUCAUGGCCCUGUCCAGUGGGUACAUGGUGGCUUACCUAUGGAGGCACAAAAAUCAGGCCCAGCAUCUUCACAGCACCAGCCUUUCUUCAAAGGCAUCUCCAGAACAAAGGGCAAGCAAGGCCAUCCUGCUGUUCAUGAGCUUCUUUGUGGUUCUUUGUGCCACUGUUAUCUUCUACUCAAGGAUGACGUUCAAGGAUGGGUCAAUGUUCUACUGUGUCCAAAUUAUUGUGUCCCAUAGCUAUACCACCAUCAUCCCUUUUUUGUUUAUUUGCACUGAAAAGUGGAGGACUAAGAUUUUGAGGUCAAUAUAUGGCAGAAUAAUAGAUAAUUGA